AGCCUUUCCUGAACACACCAGGGGACUGCUGCCGAGGAAGCAAGGCGCCCUCCCUCAAGGCCCUCUCCAGCCUGGCCUGAAAGGUGGGAAAGGGAAGAGCCGCCGCAGCGGGGAGGCGAAGGGGCUGUGGGGCUGGCGCGGCCCACCUGCGCAGAUUUGUUCCCAGAGGCUGAGGGGAGGCCGGGACUCCUCGGCGGCAGCGGCCAUGCCGGAGCGCGGGGGCGGUUGCUAGGCAACCCCAAACACAGGCCGCCCAGCUAGGCCGCGGCGCCUUUCCUUUCCGGGUCAAGCGAAAAGAAGGUCCCGCAUCGCCCGCUCCCUUCUCCCUGGCUCGUGGGAGGCCGCGCCGGCCGCGGGCAGCUGGGGAUGGUCAUAAAAGAUGCAAAGAAGUACAGUUCUGAGGGAACUACACAGAAAAAGAACAAAACGAAAAAGGCUUCCAGGAAUCCAUUUGUUAUAAUAGAUGGUGACGAUGAUGAUGCACAGUUUGGUCUACUCACAAAGGCCAGGAGGGGGGAAAAGAAACACUUAGUAGUAGGGAAUGGUUCGAAUGUGAAGAAGAAGAAGAAGAAAAAGAAAAAGAAGAAACUGGACUCUAAAUUAUUAAAGAAUGCAGCAUUUGCAGACCUUCCUAUUACUGCACAAAGCAGUUCGGAUUUGGAAUCAAUAAAAGAAGCAGAGAAUCCACCUAAGGCUUUAAAGAAAAAGAGAAAGCGAGGACUUUCCUGCAAGCAAGAGAGCGAUCCAGAAAUCCCAAGCCAGGGCCAAACAACAGAAUGUCUGGAAGCCAAUUUCCUUGUUGGUAAAAGACGCAAAAGGAGUGUCCCUGAGACCCGUGGAGGCAACAAUGGAUGCAGCCCAAAGAGAAAGAAGAAGAAACACAAGCUUGCUUGCUCCUUGAUUCCAUCGCAUGCUGAGGAUGAUUAUUCCAAAAAAGACUUGCCCCCCACAAUGAAAAUGAUUUCUCAUGAAAUGACGCCAUCAGGUAGAAAACCAACUCUUAUCCAGGCUGCUGUAAGCACGGGGGAAAGCAAAUGUGUUUGCUGUUUUACAUCCAUGGACAGUCAAGAAACUAGAAAUGGAGGUUUGGAGAAAGGCACUGCAGACCCUAUUGAUGAGCUGCAAGAAGAAAAUAACUGCAAGCAAGACCACAAGGAAAUAACUGCAAGCAAGAUCCACAUAUCAAAAAAGAGAAGGCAAGUAACAGAGCAGGAAGUACAUAAAAAGAGGAAGAAGAAGAAGAAACUGAAGGAGGAAACUGAUUUCCAUUUGACAUCGGCAGGUAGCCAGGAAAACCAUCCUGCUGUCUCUACUGAAACUCUCUGGAAGACCAAAGCUGAAGAAAAAAUGAGGAAAAUAGAUCUGAUCCAGAACUCUAAAGGAGACAGCAAAGGCCACAAGAUCUACACCAAAGUUGCAAACAAUUAUCCAGCUCUUCUGGAGGACAACACAGAUGCUUUUGAUUGGGAAGAAAAAGCAGUAGCAAUAAAAAGAAAUAAAAAGAAAGCCAAAAAACCCAAGAAGAGGCUAGACCCAGCAGCGGGGUUAAAGAGCAAGCAGUGUGCUGCCACGGAGAGGAAGGCAAAGAAGAGGGAAGGACCCGAGAGAGCUGAGGAGCCCAGUUCAAAGCAAGCAAAGCUCAAGGAAGAAGCCGAGGAAGGAGAAGAUGAAAUCCAAGUCAUAACCAUUAAGAAAGGAAACUGUGAUGAAGCAAAGAUAGACAAGUCAAGACGGCAGGCUCUCCAGGAAGAGAUUGACCGGGAAUCUGGCAAAACAAAGGCAAUCAAGGAAGACAACAAAUCGGAUCACCAUUUUGGCCAGUGGAGCACGGCAGCCUUUGACAACGCAGAGCGAAAAACAAAGUUUCUCAGACUAUUGGGUGGUUUUAAGAAAGGUCCUGCUUUGACCGAGGAGUCGCCAACCAGGGUAACAAAACACAACAUGGCUUUGGCCAGGCACAGCGAGGAGAAACUGCAGCAGAGGCUGCAGGCUGAAUUUGAGAAGGCAGUGGGUUGGAAGCAACGGCCAGGGGCUGGCCUCGGGUUCCAGCUGGCUUCUCGGAAACAGGUGCACAGAGAUAAAUAUGCUUCUAAAUCUGUAAAAUUUGUGGACUAAACUGUGAGCAAGGGGAGACUCUGAAUUGGGGGUUGUAAUGCAAGGCUUUUUCAUAGUGUGGGGGAAGUUUAACAUUUGUAAAAAGAGUUUUUAAAAAAUUCAGCUGACUUCAGGCUAGCAUCUGAAUCACUGAAAUCUCUACCUCUCUGCUCAGGUAUGGACAGUAGAACAAGUAUCUUCCUCUAGAGACCUUGCUUCCCUUUUGGCAGCUCAGACUUGUGAAUACUCACCAGGCUGCAUUUUGAAAAUGAGCUGCUUUGGCCCCAGGACUGAACUACGGGAGUCACUUAAUGUUUUUACUGAAGGGGGGAAAUGGCCAUGAAAUUCUUUGGGCUCUUCAUCAGGGUUUUUGUACUGAGAUCUGAAAAACUUCAUGGCUUCAACAGUAGCCCAAAGUUUGCCGUUUUAAAUGUUCUAUUGCUUUUAUCUUUAUUAAAAGAAUAUUCCUUUCA